GCCAGAUUGGAAUCAUUGGAACAAAUGCACAGAUCCUUUAUAUAUGAAAACAUCUCACUCUGAUACAUAUUCUUACACUUGCUGAACCUAAUGGAAAUCAGUGCAGCUCUUGUAGCUUUUGUUAUAUUUCCGUUGGAACAGAACGCCAUUUAGACACUUAUUCGACUCCAGAAGUGCCAAGAUACUUCAAAACUAAUAAAUGUUCACAGCAUUACUAUAUCUUCAAACUACAACAAUUUAGGCAUCUUAAAAGUAAAGAAAAGUAUUCAUCGAAGUUCAUGUAAAUUUAAUUGUGUAGCAAAAAAUAAAUAAAUAAAAAAUAGUUGGUGUUAUAUUUUGCAGACUCUUCAAAAAAAGGCAGUUUCUUUCUUUCUUUUUUUUUUUUUUUGGUUUGAAAGGAGCAAAUAUUUCGACCGAGUGUGCGCUCGACUUGUAUAGACGAUCUUCGCCACACUGCUGCUUUUGGCAGCUGAGGGGGUGCGGAUGAGGAGAGCGGAUGGAUCGGAGGACCACAGCUUGCCGUUGCAGCGGCUGAGGGGGACGGACACAGCAGCCGGGCACGGUCCUUCCAGCUCUCACACCCCAUCAUCUGCAGGAGCAUCUAGGAGGAAACCGACGCCGGUUUUAGGGGUGGACAAAAUAAAAAGGUUGACCAACCCUCUGGAGUUGUGGAGGCUGAGAUUUAUAGCAUUUACAGACUGUAAGCUUUGCUGUUCAACCUGAAAGAGGGAUAUUCAUCACCAGUUGACACAUCUGAAAAUGGACAGCAAUCCACAGUGGGUCCCAGGCUUCAACGUGGUGCUGCUGAUUCUGCUGAGUCAUGUAACUUCAGCGUUUGAAGUGCCUCUCGAUCCUAAAGUGCUGGAAGGAUUGCCUCAACCUCCAACCAUAACCUUCCAAUCCCCUAAGGAUUACAUCUUUGACCCGCGGGAGCACAUCGUCAUCCGCUGCGAGGCCAAAGGGAACCCUCAGCCCAGCUUUAAGUGGGCCAGAAACGGAACCGACUUUGAUGUGGAGAGCGACCCCAAAGUCCUGAUGAAGCCCGGCUCAGGAACGCUGGUUAUCGACAUCAGCGGCGGGAAGGCCGAGGCCUACGAGGGGACCUACCAGUGCACGGCUGAGAACGAGCACGGCAAAGCGCUGACCAACAAAAUAGUGAUCAGGCAGUCAAGGUCCCCCUUGUGGCCGAAGGAGAGAAACGAAGGCACCGUCGUGCAGAAGGGGGUGUCCCUGGUGCUGAAGUGCCGUCCUCCUGCGGGACUCCCGCCUCCUGUCAUCUUCUGGAUGGAUAACAACUUUCAGAAGCUGCAGCUGGAUGAACGGGUGUCCCAGGCCUUGAAUGGAGACUUGUACUUUUCUAACGUUCUCCCACAAGAUGCGCGGGAGGAUUACAUUUGCUACGCUCGCUUCCCCCACACACAGACAAUCCAGCAGAAACAGCCCAUUUCAGUAGUAGUAUUAGACAACAAUCCCCAAGGAGAACGGCGGCCUCGUAUCCUGUUACCUUCAGACCCCAUCAGCACCAAGAUGGUUCUGAAGGGAGUAGUUCUGCAGUUGGAGUGCAUCGCUGAGGGGUUGCCCACGCCGGACGUCUCCUGGCAGAAGGUGGGGGGAGAGCUUCCAAAUAACAGGAUGGCGUUCCACAACUUUGGUAAAAUCCUGCAAAUUUCGGACGUGAAUGAAUCGGACGCUGGGGAUUACCACUGCACGGCCAAGAACAAGCUGGGCUCGGUUCACCACGUCAUCAAAGUCGAUGUCAAAGCUGCUCCAUUCUGGAUCAGCGCCCCCAAGAAUCUGAUCCUUGCCCCCAACGAGACCGGGAUUCUAACGUGUCGUGUUAACGGGACCCCAAAACCCAAAGUCAGCUGGUUUGUCAAUGGAGUUCCCGUAGAAAACGCCGCUGCGGACAGAAGCCGCAAAGUGGACGACGACACCGUGAUCAUCAACAACGUACAGAUCGGGUCCAGCGCCGUCUACCAAUGCAACGCCUCUAACGAGUUUGGCUACGUCAUGGCUAACGCCUUCGUUAGCGUUCUCGCUGAGCCACCAAAGAUGCUAACUCCACCCGACCAAGUGUACCAGGUCAUCACUAACAGCCCGGCUUUUCUCGACUGUGCUUCCUUUGGCUCACCAACACCAACUAUUACAUGGUUCAAGGAUGGCCGGAUCAGCAUUGAAAAUGGUGAUCAGUACGUGAUCCAUAAGAAUGGUACCCUGGAAAUCACUGUGGCCCAGGUACUAAAUACCGGGAAGUACACCUGCGUUGCCACGAACAACCUUGGGAUGAAAGAGAAUUCUGUCAACUUGGAAGUUAAAGAGCCCACGCGUAUCCUAGAGCAGCCGGAGUACAAGGUGGUGCAGAGAGGAAUGAGCGCGACGUUUGAUUGUACAGUCAAACAUGACAAAUCCCUCACUCCCAUAAUGACUUGGCUGAAGGACAGAGGAGAGCUGCCGGAUGAUGAGAGGUUUGAGGUGGACUCUGAUAGUCUGACCAUCAGAAAUGUGGUGGAGGGGGAUGCGGGAACUUACACUUGCAUCAUGAAGACGAGUCUGGAUCAGGACUCUGCCAGCGCCGUUCUCACUGUAGUCGAGGCAACUCCGACUCCUGGAAUUGUCUACGGUAAACCAGACCCUCCCACUGACUUAGAACUGACUGACCAGACGGAGAGAAGCGUUCAGCUCACCUGGACCCCCGGAGACGAGAACAACAGUCCCAUACAGAGCUUUUUGGUUCAGUAUGAGGACUCGCUGCACCAUAAAGGAGUUUGGGUAAACUUAACAGAAGUCGAUGGCACCAGAACAACCACCCAUCUGGAGCUCUCUCCAUACGUGUACUACUCCUUCAGGGUGUUGGCCCGGAAUGAGGUCGGCUACAGCGAGCCCAGUUACCCAUCAAGCCAAUACAGAACCAACCCUGCCGCUCCAGAUGAAAACCCGUCAAAUGUCCGAGGAGUUGGAUCGCAGCCUGAUAACAUGGUUAUUUCCUGGAUGCCACUGACAGGUUACCAGGCCAACGGACCGGGUCUCAAGUAUAAGGUCCACUGGAAACGAAGAGACGGGGAGGAAAAUUGGUCAUCACAGAACGUGGUCGACAAGUCUGAGUUUGUUCUUACUGGAACUCCAACCUACGUUCCCUAUGAAAUCAAAGUUCAGGCUCUGAACGAUUACGGCAACGGCCCUGAUCCUGAAAUAGUGAUUGGAUACUCUGGGGAAGACGUUCCUCUGUCCGCUCCUGAAAAAGUGCAGGUCAAGGUUAAGGACAGCACGCUAGCUGAGGUACACUGGGAGCCCGUGAACGCCUCCUCGGUUAGAGGGCAACUUCAAGGAUACAAGGUGUCCUACCAAAGACAACGCGGUUUGCUUGGGGGAGAGCAAGGACAGCAGCAGGAGAAGGUUAUAAUUUUCAGCGGAGACCAAAGUCACGGACAGAUACCCGACCUUCAACCUUUCAGUAUUUACACGCUCUCCAUCAACGUUCUCAACAACAAAGGAGAAGGACCUCCUAGCUCCAACCAAACCUUUGAGACCCCCGAGGGAGUUCCAGGACCUCCUUCCUUCCUGAAUGUGCUGAGUCCUCGGUUGGACUCCUUCUCACUUGAAUGGGGCCCACCAGCCAACAACAAUGGCCGCCUCACGGGAUACACACUCAGAUACCAGCCAGUCAACCGCACAGCUGAACCCGGAACCGUCCAGGAAUUAAACUUCUUUGCCAACGAGACGACCACCACCCUGGACAACCUGAACAGCAGUAUGCUCUACAAGUUUUACUUAAGCGCCAAGACGAUAAAAGGCUCUGGUCCCACCAUUACAGAGGAGGCUUCCACUGCCGUGGAUACAGCUCGUAUUCAGCCCAAAGUAGAGACGGGCAAAGGCCCCACAGAGUCCCCUCACCCAACCCUACCCAUCACUCAGUCUCUGCAACCCUCGAUUCACAAGGGUACAGGCGCUCCCCCAGCGCCUACCGUUGGCCCCGCGUUUGGUACAGUUAACGCAUCUCUAGCAGAGGAAGGUGUAAUGAUCAGUUGGGAGUACUUUGGACACCAUAAGAAUGUAGCUGUGCAGUACACUUUAGAGAACAGUAAAGAGGACUGGACAAAGGAGUGGGUUAAUGGUACGCACUCGCAUAUGAUAAAGGGUUUAAAGCCGGGGAUGUCCUAUAAAGUGCGCGUGGUAGCUACAGAUGAGGCUGAACGGACGCACAGCUCAAAGGAAGUACCGGUUACGGUGCCAGCCGUGCCAAACCGGCAGGUGGACAUCGCCACCCAGAGCUGGUUUAUUGGACUGAUGUGUGCCAUCGCUCUCCUCAUUUUGGUUCUUCUCAUAGUGUGCUUCAUCAAGAGGAACAAAGGUGGAAAAUACCCAGUGAAAGAGAAAGAAGAUGCUCACCAAGACCCAGAGAUCCAGCCUAUGAAGGAGGAUGAUGGGACGUUUGGAGAGUACAGGUCAAUAGAGAGUGACAUGGAGGACCACAAGCCCUUAAAAGGCAGUCGGACACCGUCCAACGGGACGGUGCGCCGUGAUGAAAGCGAUGACAGUUUGGUGGACUACGGGGAGGGCGGGGACGGACAGUUCAACGAAGACGGCUCCUUCAUAGGCCAGUACAGUGGCAAGAAAGAGAAAGACACGCACGAAGGCAACGAGAGCUCGGAGGCGCCCUCGCCCGUCAAUGCAAUGAACUCGUUCGUCUAGCGAAAGUCCACUGCCUGGUCGCAGUGGUUGCCACGGCCACCCUGGCGAAUCGGACCCUUCCUGUGGUGGCGGUUGCUGCGGUAACGGUUGCUCUGCACUUUGCCCCAGCGGCGGCUGUCACUCCGGCAGCCAAGGCUACCUGUCACCGAGACUGCUGACUCCUCAUUGUCCACACCGUCAGCCCCCAGUCACACUGUGACAUUCCCAUGAACACACAUUCCCCAAAACCAAUCAAAGAAGGUGUGAAACCGAGGAUGUUUGGAGGGAGCAAGCAAAGCAGAUGGAAUGUACCACAAAACAAGGAUGUGCUAAAGUUUGUGUGCUAUCUUCUUUGGUUUAUGAAAGCAUGGUAUACGACCCGCAGGCAGGCAAAUAUGCAUCAAGUCGCGUUCAUUAGCAUCUGCAUGGAGUAAAUCGUGAGUCUAAAGAGUGUUUUACCACCCAUGUGUUGGUCGUUUCACAGGUAUGCUGCGUCUUAAAACUGAUAUGCGCCUAAGAAGAUCUAGGUAUGGCUUAUUUUCCUAUCUUCAGAGAGUGUUAAACGGUGAGUGAUAUAUAGAUAAAAAUGGCAGCAGUGUCUUUCGUGGACACAGCUGUGGCAAGUGUGGCUCAAAGUAGAAGCUAGUGUAUUUUUUUUAAGACAGACUCUGUACAUAUAAUUAUAUAUAAAUACUCAAAUAAGAUGGAGGUUAUAUUUCCAGGUGCCCGUUUGUAGAGUUGAAGAAGCCGACAGGAACCAGGGCUCAGCAUCAUAGCAGCCGGUCGGUGAAACUUGUAGCCUGAUGUUAUCUUGUCUUCUGCUUGUCUCCGUUUUUUUUUUUUUUUUUUUUUUUGCACCCAACUGUUGUUACGGCACACAAACAAAAAAAGUGGAUAUAUUCGUCAAUCUGGUGUCAUCGUCAAGUACUCAAACUUGGCAAACUUGUUCAGACCAUCCCACCCCUACAAUAGUAUAUGUACUAUACACUUUCAGAAUCCUAUCAUUUCUGGAUUUGUUGAGAAUAAAGAAGCUCUCAGCCCGAUUUCUAGUGCCUUUCCAGAGAACAGUGACCUAUAUCUACAGGUGCAUCUCUCUUCAUACCCAAGACAAAGUGGAGCUUGUUUGUUUUCUCCAUUGCAUUCUGUGAUGUCUGACCCUAUUCUAGAAGUUACUUUAGUCAUGCAAAAUUACUGCAAAGCUUCACAGUUGCAUGGACACAGACUUGACUUUACAUACAAAUUCAUUCAUACAACAAACCCCUAAAAUGGUCCUUCCUUCGUACUGUUACAGCUAAUAGUCAUGGCACCAAACCCUCAUCAGUCCUAAUAAUCCAUGAAGCACUAAAGGAAGUCAUUAAAAUGUAAAAUCAAAGAUGUUUUAGACUAUUUCAACAUUUUAAAAAGAUUAAUUAGAGACUGAUAGGUAUAUCUGGUGCUUUACCUCAUGACCAUGCAAUUGGAGAGGAAAACGCUAAACUAGAUUUAGUAAGUGCGGCCAUCUGCUUUGAUCUGUUUGUCUUAAAAACAAAACAAAAACACAGACAAAACACCAGAACCCCUGUGAUUAGAUUAAAAGGCUUUUUAUGAAUCUUAAAAAUGGACCUUUGUACCAGGAUAACCUCUCUACCAAUCUUUGUAGAUGGUACAGUAGGGACAGAGGAAGUGGCAUUCUUUUGGCAUACUCACAAGCUAAAUGCCAAACAGAAAUAGAAUCUGUAUUCAUUGCUCAACAGCCCAUGGUAGCCUGUCCUUCGUACAACUAACCUUAGAGUUUGGUGAUAUAUAAUGGCUUGUACGCAGUCCUUGGUCCAAUACAAACCCCAUUUUAAGAAGCUUCUACUCUGUCAAAGAUAGUCUGGAAUUGUUAAAGUCUUCCCUCAGAAGUCGCAAAAAGGCAGUAAAGCCUUUAUGACCUGAUUCAUGAAACCUUUUCUUUGAGUAAUCGUUCGCAGCUUUGGUGUUUUGUUCCUCAAAUAUUGCAAAUCUAACCAAAGCAACCAGAUUGGACCAUCCUCUGUUGGGGUAUCCAGACCAGAUGUCUUGUUACCAUUGAGUUCACCAUGUUACAUCACAGUGAAAAUCAUGGAGGAAUAUUUCAGUAAAACACUGGAGUUUAAAACAGAUGGAUUAUGGGUAUAUUUUGCCACACAAGCCAACAGAAACCUAACUUCUUACCUUUUAUUUGUGAGAAACAGUGUUUUUAUGUACUGGUACAAGAAGCACUGGUCCAUGUUUUAUUAGUUUGGGGGAACAGACAUCCAAAGUUCUAUCUUUGUGAACAACCUAUGUUUCAGUUUUGUUUUGGUCUUACCACUGAAAUAUAAAACUUAUUUCAAUAAGAAGCUUGUGACAAUGCAGAACACAGUCGUGCUUUGUUACAUGUAGCGGUACAAUGGCAAUCCAAAGAGAAGUCGUAGACAAAGAGGGUCAUAGGUGAAGUAUUGUGUGAAUAUAUUGUAUCAUAUGACCAAGAUGAGCAUCUUGCCACAUAUUCAAACGGCCGAAGUUUAUGAAAAUAUCCAUCAGACUUUGAUCACAAAAACAACAAUUUUAUGUACUUUUUGUUUGUUGUUUGCCUGGUACCAAAUGAUGUAAGUCACUAAGGACAAGAUGAAACUGGAAACAUGGACAGAUUGGAGCCUACUCUUCCAAACUAAACUACAACAUUUAAUGAAGGCGGGGCCCAUUUAUCGCCCAAUAAUGACUAACAUCUUUGGAGCACUUCAACGACAGUGAGAAACCAGUUAUACUUACAGGUUUCUAUGACAAUCCUGUCACUCAGCUACUACACUUUCAUAUUCCCACUCCAAUCAGAAAAUAGGAUAGACACUGUUGUUCUUGUGUCUUCAUCAUCAAGAGGAAAGAAAAACUACUGCCAAACUUCUCACCAGAUAACUGCCACUGGGAACUAGACUCCGCCCCUGGUGUAGCACUACGCUAAAACGUAGCGUCUUGAACAGGAAUUGAAAGAUACCGAUGGGUGUACAAGUGUAUCAGUCAAAGUGAAUGACGGUAAAUGCAUCUAACCUUCGACAGUAUGUGAUGUCUGGUUGUGAAAGCGGCACUUCUAUCGACUUUUCUAUUGCUGUAGAGGAAGUGGCUGAAGCUGGAACGUUUGGCCGCAUGCGCGCGUGUGCAGCACAUGCAUGCUUAAUUCUCAAUUUUCGCUCCCAAGUCGACACCUAUUGACGUUUGGUUAAGGACCCCUCCGCGUCACUUUUUGACGUUUUGAGCGUCCCCAUCAGGUUGUUUUUUGAAGUGCUGGCUGUUCACAUUAAAUCCCGGGUCUCCAACCAGUGAACUGGAACCGGACCAGUACCGGGAUGAGGAGCGCAUUGGCACCCAAACCCGGUACUGGACGCAGUACUAGACGUUGUACCGGAAUCAUGCCUGGUACCAAGCAUGAAGCGGACGCGGUACCAGACGUGAACCAGUACCAGGGUUAGGGUUAGGGUACCAGUACUGGGUUAGGGUACUGUUACUGGGUGCGUCCAGAGUAACAGUCCGCAACCUCUACUGGACAAAGUACUGGAUCAGUCCGCAACUGGUACUGGGCGUGUCCUUGGGAUUCGUCUGCUACCCUAACCCAAUACCGGUUCGCCUCCGAUACCGCGUCCUACAUGACACAAGGGCAGCUAGCACGUCAAAAACCGCCGAAUUGGGGACACCCAAAACAUCAGAAAGUGACGUGGAGGGGUCUCUAACCAAAUGUCAAUAUGUGACGACUUGGGAAUGAGAAUGUGCUGACCUGGAUGACGUACACUCUUUCCGUUUCCACCAACACUAUGGCUAUGUCCGAAUUCUCUCACUACACCCAAGCCUUCAAAAGACUAUAUGGUGCAGGACUAUCCAGUGCCCUGGAUUUUCAAACACCAUGCUCACUACUUUCUUUUACUAAACUGUAAAUAUGACAUCAAAUUUAUCAGUCGUCUCCUAGUUUCCGCCAUUUUUCCAAAACGUUCAAAGGCAAUGCAUUGUGGUCUAUUUUUGCCAAUCUAGUAAGUAUCGAUGUAUUGGGUUUUCACAGAGACUUCUGGGAAAUUUCUGGAUUUUGUAGAUUCACCUAAAAAAAAUAAACGAACUCCCUAUAUAUUGCGCUAAUCGGAAGUAGUGCGUGAAAUCGGACACAGCCUAUAACUCCAACGUGUUUGUGUGCGCGCGUUUGUGUGUAUAUGUGUGUGGGUAAAGCAGUGCCCCUCCUCUCUAUGGGAUUAAAUAUAUAUGUACAUUUGAUUUUUCAUUUUAUUUUCAGAAAUAUUUCAAUGUCUUAUCAUAACUUGCAUCAAGUUUUUAGGUUGCAAUGUGUCUGCAUUCCACGUGUAGAUAAAUAUAUAUAUAUAUAUUUUUGUUUUAUUUAUUGUAAAUAUCAGUGGGUUGGAGUUCGGCUGUCUGGGGGGAGGGGUGGCAAAAUGGCUAAUAACAGUUUUAAGCAUUUCAUUUGGUGUGAAGUUUCUUUGGGUUUGAUUUUGUAUGCUGAAUUUGCUUGUUUUUAGCCUGUCAGAUAUCGAAGGAGAUUAUUUUAACUUGUUACUGAGCUCGUGUGACACCUGUAUUGUUUGAGUUUGACAGUUCAUGCACAUUUUCUGUAUUUUCUACCCAAAAAAAAAAACACAGUUUAAUACAUUUGGAAAAACUCCCAGAUCUCGUUUUCGAACAGCAGGAGGAUGUUAACACGCUGUUCGAAACUAAGAACUAGUGGGAGUGUGUGCUCAGAAAUACACUAAAAGAAAAGCGAUACGGUGAGACGGCCUGCAUGGAGACAAAGGUGCACAUUGGUGUGUAAUAAAUGGUGAACUUUCCGUGGGAUGUAUGACCCUAAUAUGACAAAAGCAUGAAAGACUGUCCAAAUGGUUUACUAUACAAUAUACUAUUGCAAUUCUUCUUUUUUUUAAUGAAGUUUAAAAAAGUCAAUAAAUGUUGCUUUCAGUA